ACCCGGAUGUACAGGAAUACAAAAGGACACCAAAUUCAGAAGUUGCGAAUUGAUUCAGGAGCAGUGGUGAAUUUUUCCUGUAAUUUCUACAAAGCUAAAUGAAAUUUGUCACCAAGAAAUACAUUUUUUGAUAAAGUAAUCUAUAGACAUCCUCCAGUGUUGCAUUGAGCAGUCAUAAGAUUGACUGGAGGUUUUUAUUUCUGGGUUUCUUUUCUGAGCGGCGCGUCGGAGUGACUGAGGUUUCAAGCUGGCGACGUCACGGGCCCCGAGUCCCCCUCCAGCUGAGAUGUCGUGUCCCGUGGCAGAGAAUUGGUGCUACACCCAGGUGAAGGUGGUCAAAUUCUCUUACAUGUGGACCAUCAACAACUUCAGCUUCUGCCGAGAGGAAAUGGGAGAGGUUUUGAAAAGCUCCACUUUCUCAUCUGGAGCCAACGACAAACUGAAAUGGUGUUUGAGAGUCAACCCCAAGGGCUUGGAUGAAGAAAGCAAGGACUACCUAUCCCUAUACCUCCUCCUGGUGUCUUGUAAUAAAGCUGAGGUGCGAGCAAAGUUCAAAUUCUCCAUCCUGAACGCGAAAAGAGAAGAGACAAAGGCAAUGGAAAGUCAAAGAGCCUACCGGUUUGUACAGGGCAAAGACUGGGGCUUCAAGAAGUUCAUCCGACGAGACUUUCUGAUGGAUGAAGCCAACGGUCUCCUCCCUGACGAUAAACUCACAUUAUUCUGUGAAGUGAGUGUGGUUGCAGAAACAGUCAACAUUUCCGGUCAGUCCAGUCAGGCCCAGUUGAAGGUCCCUGAAUGUCGCCUUGCUGACGACCUCAGUGCAUUAUGGGAAAGGACGUCGUUCAGUGACGUCACGUUAUCCGUCACAGGCAAGGAGUUCCAAGCACACAAAGCAAUACUAGCAGCCCGUUCACCUGUCUUCAACGCCAUGUUCGAGCACGAGAUGGAAGAGAAGAAACUAGGCCGGGUGGACAUCACCGACGUGGAAGCAGACGUGAUGAACGAGAUCCUUCGCUUCAUCUACACGGGCAAAGCACCCAACCUGGACAACAUGGCUGCUGAGUUAUUAGCAGCUGCAGAUAAGUAUGCCCUUGAAAGACUGAAGGUGAUGUGUGAAGAUGCCUUAUGUUCCAAUCUGGUCAUAGAAAACGUAGCAGAAGUCCUAGUUUUAGCAGACCUACAUAGCGCAGACCAGUUGAAAGCUGUUGCAAUUGACUUCAUUAACAGUAGCCACGCCCCCGAGGUCAUGGAAACCACGGGCUGGAAGACGAUGGUCCACAGUCACCCCAACCUUGUAGCCGAUGCCUUCCGUGCCCUUGCCACCUCCCAGAGUCCACCAUUCAUGGGACCGCCGCGCAAGAGAAUCAAGCAAAGCUGAGACCGCUGUCCUCUCAACGGUAGACGCCCCAAACUUGUUUCAAAGUAACCCUUGUAUAUUGUAAACUAUGUAAUGUAUGUAUACUGUGGUUAUAAUGAUAUUAAUAUUGCUAUAAUUGUUAUAAAUAUUACUUUUUAGUUUUCACAACUUUUUUCGUUUUGUUUUUUUGGUCAGUUAGACAUGGAUUGUAUAUAUUAUUAUAUAUAUGUCUGAAAGAUAAAAUGAAAUAUGUGCAGAGCUGAAAAUGGGAUCUGUUUGUUUGUCAGAUACCUUCUGUUUGUUUUGCUGGUUGGUCUGUUGGUCCGGAGAUAUUUGUUGGCCUGUGUUCAUGUACCUUCUGAAACCAAGUUGUCCUUGAUUAAUUGAACUGAAAAGGUCACCCAAUAACCGACACAACGAUCAAAUCAAUUGACCAAAUAAUCGUUGCUGGCCUAUCAUGGACACAGUAAGCUAGGUCUGUUUUUUUGUGUCCCUGCAUCCCAACAGAUCAACCUCUAACUGUCACGGUUCCGUAAUAACAAACAGCAUUUUGAGCUCUGCACUUUAUUUAUAGAACUUACCAAAGUUAAGCUGCAGAACUAGAGUAUAGAAUUUAAUGAACUCGGCACAGCAUUCUGUACAUAUUUAUUAUCUUGUUAUUAAUAUUCCUAUUUUUGAAUACUCGCAUUUCUGUGGAUUUAUUUUCAAUCCAUACUUGGUUUUUGUAACAGGACUGUUCCCGCUAUUGUGGGAAAAGAGUCCUUCAUUUUGUUAAUGCCAUAAUUUGUGUGUGUUUCUUGUGGUUGGUACAAGUUUGGAAAGUGAUUUCCCCCGGUACUGUUUGAAAGGGAAUCCCCUUCCUAUUUUUAGUGAGUGAAAUUCAAAAUUACGGUAUACAUUUGGUUUGCCUGCUUUCAAAUGGACACUGUGUGUGCCAACCGUCUUGUGAUGCGGUCGAAAGUCACCGUAUAAACUAUCGUUGCAUCAACAAGGAACAUUCGGUGACAAGGUCUCCUCGGAUGUAUUGGAACAGUAGAUGACAUUGUGUGAUUACUCAUGAGAUCUCCAGUUUGCAGGAUGCACAGAAUGUAGACAUUGAUUGGCUGGUGUAUGACACAUCGUGCGCAACAUUUCUCCAUCUGAACGUGCUCAAGUGUGUAGCAUCUUCACGUUGGCACCCGGCGCCUUUCAGCACCGAUAUUCAAUUGUUUGUCUUAUAUCUCUGCUUGUUUCUGUUUUUGGAGAACUUGCAUCCAGAGUCCAUUGUGAACUGUGUAUAGUCAAGUACCCACAAGGAGUCAAAGCAAUGUUUACCGUCUCAGACCCUCAAAGUCCAUGGGGGAAUUUCGAAGGAUGUUGCAGGAUUGAGGACAGUUGAUGUAGUGGAUGAUAUUAUAACCCUUAUGUUCCAGGGUUGUUCACCUACUGCACUGCUCGGUGCACGAGAAUCACAAAUUAUAAUGUUGAAUCUACUCUGUCUGUGCACCUGCCAUAACGGUGCACCUGCCAUAACGGGGCACCUACAGUAACAGGGCACCUACAGUAACAGACUUUAUUACAACUUGGGGCGUAAUGGCACAGCAUGGUCUUUUCCAUGUAGGGUUAUAAGUGGUAUUCAUUUAAGUUCAAGAAACUACUGACCAGACAAACUAACAAUUUUAAGUGUCCCGGUCCAUGGCGAAUUUGUUGACCGUCUCCCACAAUGCACUGCGAAAAAGGUAACUCUCCAAGGUAACCUCUUGUGGGGCACUGUUUUGGGAAUCGCCCGUAUUGGUCAUGAAAAAAAAAAUUAUGAAAAGUCACUUGCAAUUCGUCAGUCGCACCACGAAAUGACCUAUCGUGUGCACAAAGUCCGUAGACAAUACGUCACUUCGUGGUGCACCCGACGAAUUGCGUCAGUUCGUAGAAUUGUAUGCAAUUUUGCUUUCAAAAUAAUCAUUAACACAAGCUACUUGCACCAAAUGUAUCACUUUCCUUAAAGAUAUUUGAAUACCACAACACGAGGUCAGUGUACUUUAAGAUGUUUAAACACAAAGGGCGGGCAAUAUCAAUUUGACUUGUAAUUAUAAAUAUUGCAAUCAAGAUGAACUUUUAGAUUAUUUUGCUGUUAGAUUUUUUUUUCUUCAUUUUUUCCCCCACCAUUUCCUUGUAAUGUAAAGUUGUACAUUCACGCUGCCUGUAGAAACAAAUUUAUAGAGAUUGUACUAGUGGCUGUAUUUUUAUUACAAAACAGGGUUUUCCACGUCCAACUUUGGUGUUGUAAAAAAGGAUUUCAUUGCUUGUUUUGUAGGUACAUGUAUACAUGUACAUUUGGGUGCUAUACAUCAAAUAUUUGAUAUCUGCACAGUGACAUUUGAAUGGAUAAAAAUGAACGAACAUAAGUAGAUGUGGAGGCAUUCAAGUGGUGCUAUCCUAAUGAAAAGUGUGUCCAUCAACUUCAAAAACAGGUCAAAAAUGUUACUUUCCACAGUAAAUGUGGAUUUUAAAAACAAUUUAAAAAGUUUUUCGGGUGAAAUGGGUAACAGUGGAAUGUGUCUAUUGAUUGAGAUAUAAAAAAUAAACUUUCGAAUAAAUAAGACCAAUCAAAUUGGAAUACUUCAAAGAAAAUUCCGAAUUAACCAAUCAAAGAGUUCUCCAGUCAAACAUUGUAAAGCAGCAUUUGUGGAAGGUUAACCCAGUGUACUCAAAUUUGACCAAAUAACCUGGUUGCUCAUUGGAUAAGCAAAGAGGGUGGUUAGCCAGAAUAUUGCCAGAAUGUUCCGAGUGCCAAGCAGAUGAAUGUAUGAUACAUGUUUGAUCAACUAUGCUUAUCUACACAGUUUUGCUAAGCAAUAUGGUUAUCUUUACCAGGGUUUCAAAACAAUGUAUUUACCGGGACAUUGCUAGGUAGCCGUGGAUUUAUAUGUUACCUGGUAACUAUUCAUUUAGCUGCCAGCAGCAAAUAAUGACUAGCAUCUUACGUUAGGCCGGUCAGAAGGUUGCAGUUUGGACAACCACCUCCCAAAAAUAAUGCACUUAAAGUAUCACCCAGCAUGGAGCGCUAAAGUGUUGGAAGUAAGAGUCAUAAUGUGUUCUCUGAAAAUAACAUAAUCCCACAUCUGUGAAAGUGAUACAAGUAAUUGCAACCACACAUGUGCAUAUAUCCUUGACAAAACUGAUUACUUUAUUGUUAGAUUACUAGUGCACUGCAAUAAUAUAUGUAUUUUUUGUUACUGAACUUGGAUGGAUGUCCAAAAGACCUGUCUAACUACUCCCAAGCUCUGAUUAAUUUGAAAUCUUCACGCAACCUUUGGUACACCUUACCUCUGUUCACACUGAAAUUAAGUCAACAACCCCAAUUUAAUCACAGCCAUGGUUUAAAUGGUCACAAACAAUCGUCAGUGAAAAUAAAUGUACAAUUAUCACAAACAAGCUCUGUUGCAUAUUGGACAUAUAUGACACUUACUGCAUAUACAUGUACAACAGUUCUUCACAUUUCAUUCUUUGAAAAUUGUUAUCUUCUAAAUUUGUUAUCUUCAUUGGUUGACUUACAUUGUAAGUGGGCUAUUUGUCUCCCUAGAUUAACAUUUUCAGCAACAUGUGUUAACUGCUGGAUAGGUAAUCUUCUUGGUCUGUCAACGUUUUUGAAAUAUCUCAAAGUAAUUUCCUGUUUUGUGUGAAUAUGGCUUUAUCAAGACAGGUACACAAUUUCGAGUGGACACCAAAAUGCACUACACUUUGGAAGUUGUUUUUUUUUUUUGAAGGAGGGGAUAAGUGAAUGAAUGAGAUGGCAUAUUGACUGUGAAAUAAAGCAUUGCUUUCAAGAAAUGAGA